UGCUUCUCCCAGAGUAACUUGGAUCCAAUACUUUUGCCUCUGCGGGUCUCUCAGGCGAUGGGGCUGGGCCCCCGCCGAGGACCACAACAGUACAAGGGCCCCAGGGCUGCGCGCUCUGAGUCAGGCGGCCCCAGCGCCGAGCUCCGCCAGGAGGCCCCAGUGCGCGGCUCCGCGGGGCCUAGAGCUCUAAGGACGGGGGCGGUCUCGGCGUGCGGCUCCGCCGGCGGGCAGGAGGCGGCGGGUGGACGAGAUGGAAGUGAAAGACGCAAAUGCUGCAUUGCUGAGUAACUUUGAGGUGUUCCAGUUACUUACCGAUCUUAAGCAGCAGCGCAAAGAUAGUGGAAAACACAAACAGAGCUCUGGCCAGCAGAAUCUGAACACUAUCAUGUACGAAACAUUGAAAUACAUAUCCAAAACACCAUGCAGAUUCCAAAGUCCUGAGAUUGUGAGAGAUUUCCUCAUAGCAAUGAAAGGCCAUAAACUAACCAAAGCAGAAAAGCUACAGUUGCUUAACCACAGGCCAAUGACUGCAGUUGAGAUACAGCUGAUGGUAGAGGAAAGUGAAGAAAGACUAACAGAAGAGCAGAUUGAGUCACUUCUUCAGACAGUCUCCAGCGUUCUUCCAGGGAACCCAGCGGAAGAGCUGCAGAAACAGGCGACAACGGCAGCCGAAGAAGAUGAUGACCCAGAAUAGACAGCAUCUGAACCUAAGUUGGCAACAUCAUCAAAAGCUUCAUGAGAAAAGAACCAGCUAAACUUUUUGAUUGCAAAGACCAUGUCUGGGGUUUUUCACCCACGGCUUAAUCUUGUGUGACAUCACUGUACAGUAUAUUAAUGUUUUAUUGUAUAAAUCAUGAGAGCAACAGUUGUUUAUAAGAAACAUAAAUCAAAGGAGAGCUCUCAUGUCAGCCUUUUGUGAGAUGUGAGAAAGAUAGUAACUGGCUUCAUAACACAGCAGUUUGUGACAUAGUGAAAAUAAACCUUAUACUUGAAUAUUCUUUUUUUCCAUUACCCAUGUAACAGCUGUUCUUUUCUGAGUAGGGUUAUAUGCAGCUGGCAAUGUUCUAAUUAGCAUAGCAAUACACUAUAAUUAUAAUUGAUUUAAUAUGUUUUUGAAUUACUCAACUGUUUUCCAGAGUGCAGUUUACAAUGCAGUGUCCAUUCUGUGUGGAAGAAGCUAUUUCAAGGUAUCGAUACACAGUUAGAAUAAAGUUCAAAAAUUGUUUAAUAGCCAUAUAAGAUCAGUAGUAAUAGAUCCUUAUAACUACUAAUAUCUUUAGGGUUAUACCAUGGAAGUGGAAGGAAUGUAAAGGCUGUAUCGAUAUGGUAACUAGUCUCAAGGACACCUCUGAUAUGACCCUAUGCUUAUUUUAAAUACAGGGCCAGAUCCUCAGCUGAUUUAAAUGGACAGAAUCCCACACAGUCAAGAGAGCUAUGCUGAUUCACACCAGUCGAGGAUCUGGACGAUAAAGUUCGGGUUUUCAGUAAUGCAAACAAACAAAAAGUAGAAGUAUAAGGCUGCUUUUUUUUUUCUUUUCUUUGAAUCACCUGUUGUCUAGGUCUUACAUGUAGAAGAUUGCACAGUCCACAUGAGCUAUGCUAUCAGGGCACAACUGGGUGAGUUAAUGAUGACACGAGAGCCUUAACUAUGAAUUUCCCUAUUUUGUUUUUAGAAGUUUAACGAGGCUCAGUCCUUGCUCAAGCAAAACUUCCACUGAAGUCAACAGGAAUUUUGUCUGACCACAGACUACAAGAUCAAGCACUUAAUGUUGAAAGUGUCAGAGAUCGUUAAAUCACAAAUCGUACAUAUAUGGUAACAGGCCACGCUGUUUCUUCUUAUGCUAUGACUGCAAACAAAAAUUGUACCAAUCAUUAUAAUGUGUUAAAAGCCAAAAUAAAAAGUUUGAAAAAACUCCUAGGAAUUUCGUGGUUGAUAGCAGUGGGAGUCAGAAUAUCUGAUUUCUGUUUCCAGCUCUGUCACAGCCUUCCUUUGUGACACUGGGCAAAUAAUUUACCAUUGUUCUGCCUCAGUUUUCCCUUAUGUGAAGUAGAACAGUAAUACCUGCUUCACAGGAGUGUUGUAAUGCUCAGUUCAUAAAUAUUUGUAAGAUGCUUUGAGGUACUGAGAUGUAAGGUGCUAUUCAAGUAGAAAUUAUAAGUACUACACCUCUACCCCGAUACAACGCUGUCCUCGGGAGCCAAAAAAUCUCACCAUGUUAUAGGUGAAACCAUGUUAUAUCGAACGUGCUUUGAUCUGCCGGAGUGCGCAGCCCCUCCCCCCAGAGCGCUGCUUUACCAUGUUAUAUCCGAAUUUGUGUUAUAUCGGGUCGCGUUAUAUCGGGGUAGAGGUGUACUAUCUUUAGGAAGUAAAUAACUAUAUAUCAGGUUAAUAAAUUCUAAGGCUGAAAGCCAAGGCGUGUUUUAGCACAAGAUAUAGUGAUUAUGGUGUUAAAAGGAAAGGUCCAAGGUUUUUUUUUUCUUGUUAAAUACAUGUAAAUAUUCAUAGUAGAGGGUGGAAGGGAAGCCCUCCAAAAUAGCUAAUGGACUAUCAGACUACUGAAAGAUACAUUUUAAAAUUUGUUUUAAAAUUAAACUUUUGGGUUCUUACGGGUCAUUACUGGUGCUCGACAGCUUGCAGGAAUGGGCAAUGUCUAUUAGAAUGUAUUGUAUUUUCUAAAAGCGAGCUCAUGAAGUGUCAUUAUAAAGCUAACAGAGCAAACAGAAGCAAAAUCACAAGUCCCUUUAAAAUAUAAGUGAGUAUUUUCACCGCUUUCUUCAGCUGGUUGUUCCACGUCGGAAAUUGUUGAUUUGUUAUCAUAAUAUAUAUGCCAGCGUCAGUGUGGUUUUAUGUUGAAAGUUGAAAAUGUGUUGUUUGGAUUUCUAGUAAACUGCCCUUUUACUACAUUAUUUAAAGUAUUUAACAAUAAAUCACUUCCAGAUGAAUAAAAAUAUGUACUUUUGUACAAAUACAA